GGUGAUUACACGCACUCCUCUGUUCAAUGGCCUUGGCCCUCCGUAUUCUCCAGCUGCGAAAGCAGGGCUGGACAAUUUGAAGUGGCUCGUUAUUCAAGGAUAUUGGUGCCAUUUACGGGCCAAGAGGGCGGCCUGAUCGGCUGUAGAGGUCAGCUUCGACAGAUCCACCUCGCCGUCCCCGCUGACCUGUGACCAGCGACGCAGGCCGACCUCGGUCGGCUGAAGAGCCUGCAGCCAUGACCUUCCUGCGGGGAUCGACCAACUACGUCUGGUGCACCACCAGUGUGCUCGGCAAAGGUGCCACCGGUGCUGUCUUCCAAGGAGUCAACAAGCAAAAUGGCGAGCCGGUAGCCGUGAAGACCUUCAAUCAGCUGAGCCACAUGCGACCUCACGAGGUGCAGAUGCGCGAGUUCGACGUGCUGAAGAAGGUCAACCACAAGAACAUCGUCAAACUUCUGGCGAUAGAGGAGGAGCAAGAGGGCCGCGGGAAGGUGAUCGUGAUGGAGUUGUGCACUGGUGGCAGCCUGUUCAACAUGCUGGACGACCCGGAGAACGCAUACGGGCUGGAUGAGAAGGAGUUCUUCUUGGUCCUGAGACAUCUUUCGGACGGCAUGAAGCACUUGCGCGACCUGAACCUGGUGCACCGGGACCUGAAGCCGGGCAACAUCAUGAAGUACAUCGACGUGGACGGCUCCACCAUCUACAAGCUGACCGACUUCGGCGCUGCGCGGGAGCUGGACGACGACCAGCAGUUCAUGUCCCUGUACGGCACCGAGGAGUACCUGCACCCGGACAUGUACGAGCGCGCCGUGCUCAGGAAGUCGGCUGGCAAGACCUUCCGCGCCACUGUCGACCUGUGGUCGAUCGGCGUCACCCUGUUCCACGUGGCCACAGGACAGCUGCCCUUCCGGCCGUACGGCGGCAGGAAGAACAAGGAGACCAUGCACGUCAUCACCACGAAGAAGAAGCCCGGCAUCAUCUCUGGCAUCCAGACCACGGAAGGCGGUGAAAUCGAGUGGGGCGAGAAGCUGCCAGACACCUGUCAGCUGUCCCUCGGCGCCAAGGAGCUGGUGACGCCGCUGCUGGCCGGCCUGCUGGAGGUGGAUCCACACGUCAUGUGGAACUUCGACCGCUUCUUCAACGAGGUGACGGCCAUGACGUCCCGCCGCUGCGUGCCCGUGUUCCACGUGAACCAGCUGCAGCACCUGCGGCUGUACCUGACGACGGACGCCAGCUACGAAGCGCUGCAGUCGGCGGUGGCCAGCCAGACGAGCAUAGCGGCCACCAGCCAGAUCCUGCUGCUGGACGGCCAGCCGCUGCUGGAGGCGGUGGCUACCGACACGCCUGUGUCGGAGUACCCGGCCAUCGCCGCCGACCAGCCGCUCGUGCUGUUCGACAAGGAGAACAAUGACGUCACGCCGUGCCGCGUGGUGCCGCUGCCGAAAUUCCCGACGAUACCCCAGACACUGAGCGUGGAGAACGACGCCAUCCUGGCCAAGAUGGCGUGCAGCGUGGGUUACGAGUUCAAGCGGCGCGUCACCUCGUACAGCAUGUCCUGCGCGCUGAUGGAGCACGCCGUCAGAAUGCUCACCCUGGUGCUGAAGACAGAGCUGACGCGGCUGAAGGAGAGCCUGGAGCUGCUGCGCCAGCUGGAGCCGGCCCAGCGCGCCACCGCGCAGGCGCUGGCCGAGCUGGCCGAGCCCGUCAGGAGCCUCGAGGAGAUGCUCAAGACGGUGGCGGAGCGGGAGCGCAGUCUCUCGGAGACCAACAUCCCGGAGCUGCACCGGCGCAUCGUCAGCGAGACGUGCCUGCUGGUGGACUGGCGCGGCCGCGUGGCGCACCUGCCCGCGCUGAAGACGGCCGCCGCGCGCGCCGCCACCUACACGGCCAAGCUGCGCGACAGCUGGCAGCACCUGCUGCGCGACCGCACGGCACGCGCUCUAACGUACAACGACGAGCAGUUCCACCACCUGGAGAAGAUCAAGCUGAUGGGUACGAGCAAGUCGCUGCAGGCGCUGCUGGACGGCGAGGUGAUGCCCACCCGCAGCUCCAUGGCUGAGCUGCUCUCCGACUGGUACAAGACGGCGCAGACCAAGUACAUCAAGAAGGAGAUCGCGUCGACGGACCUGGUGCAGCUGGAGGGCCGGCUGGACGAGCUGGCGGCGCGGCUGGGCGAGGUGCAGCAGCGGUACGCCGACUGCGUGAGGCCCAUCAGCGGCGACGGCCCGGCCCGGCCCGCCUCCGUCCGACGCUCGGGCAACGUGCAGAAGGAGGCCGGCCGCCACCUCGUCAACCGGGAGAACGAGACGCUGGUGGGCCAGCUGCAAAACCUGGUCGGCUGGGUGGUGCAGUCAUCGCUGCCGCCGCAGGACGUCAUCGGCAAGGGCCGGCGCCGGCUGGUGUACUGUGUUGGCCACAUUCCCUAG